CUUUAUCCUAGUCCCCCCGUGGGCUGUUCCGGAUGUAACUCCUCCCUCCCGCCUACCGGCUAAUCCUCUUAUCGGCAAGCAGACGGCCAAGAUGGAUGUUGUGAACCAGUUGGUGGCCACCGGACAGUUCACCAUAAUCAAACAGCCUUUGGGAUUUAUGAAAAUCCUACAAUGGAUCUUUGCCAUCUUUGCAUUCUCGACAUGCGGCAGCUACUCUGGCAUGUUCAAGAUGAGUGUGGAGUGUAAAAAUCGGUCAGAUAGUGACCUGAGCAUUGAGGUGGAGUUUGAGUAUCCAUUCAGGCUACAUCAGGUGUACUUCGAUGCCCCAACCUGUAAGGGGGGAAACCCUGAGCGUCUGUUCCUGAUCGGAGACUACUCCUCCUCAGCUGGGUUCUUUGUCACCGUCGGUGUCUUCUCUUUUCUCUACUCCAUGGCAGCCCUUUCUGUGUAUGUUUUCAUUCUGGAGAAAUACCGCGAAGGCUGCAAGGGAGCCCAGAUUGACUUCGUUGUGACCUGUGUGUUCACCUUCUUCUGGCUGGUGGCUUCUUCUGCCUGGGCUAAGGGUCUGUCGGAUGUGAAGGCAUCCACUGACCCAGACAAGGUCCUCUUACUGAUCGAGGCCUGCGACGAACCGGAGAACCGCUGCCGUGAAGUCCAUGACCCUGUCGUCUCUGGUCUCAACACAUCUGUGGCAUUUGGCUUCCUGAACCUGAUCCUGUGGGGAGGGAACCUGUGGUUCGUGUUCAAGGAGACUGGCUGGCUAGCAGCUUUCGGAGGCACAUACCCACCUUCCCAGGAGAAAGCGCCUGCCCCAGAGUCCUUCGCCCAGGACGGCUAUGGGCAGGAGGGCUAUGCACAGCAGGGGGAUGCCUAUACCGGCAACCAGGGAGGCUACCAGCCCGACUAUGGCCAGGGUGGCUACACCGAGGGAGGUGGAGACUAUCAGCAGGGGGGAUACGAACAGCAGCCCACCUCCUACGCCAAUCAGAUGUGAGCUGGUCCACCCUAUGGCAGCUGGAAGCUGGUGAGUGUCAGUGCAUAUGAUGGAGAAAUCCUGAGAAUACUGAUAAAUGACUGUGAGAAAUACUGCAUUACUCUUCCAAAGGGAAAUACAGACUGUGGCUUUGUGACAUCUUCAUAAUCUUUAGGUAUGCAUUAGUUGUAAUAUUUCUCCCCCCCCCCCCCCCCCCCAACCCCAGGGGCCACCAUGUGAUUUAGGAGUGUGGUGUCUGACCACCACCCAUAAUUCCACACUCCUCUGUUUGUCUGUUUGUGCAUCUGUGAGUUGACAAGAGGAGGGAGGGAGGAAGGGAGCGAGGGGUGGAGGAAGGUGGGCUCUUGGAAGGGGAAGUUAUCAACACUGUGUCCCUUGGGAGAGGGUUAUUUUGUUGAGGGGGAAAUGGGUCCUUACUGUAACAUGCUGUUUAUUCUCGUGAUGUAUUUAACUGUAGAAGACAACAGGGGAUUGAUUGACAGUUUGAUCGCACAAGGACAAACUUGAAUACAAAACCAAAACAUGAACAUCAAUCUUCUAAAGGAAUAACACUUACAUGAAGGACAAUAAUGGUAGUAAUAUUUAACGUGGGAGAAUGUAUUUGUCUGUGCUAUGUAAAUAUCAAUAUAUUCAUAUAGAAAUGUAGACAGUUGAAUAAUUGUGCACUCCAUAUUAGUUGUUAUACAACAAAUGUAGAGAACAGAGUUAUUCCGUUGUAUUUACUUCAGUUCUGUUUAGGAGCUCACAUAGUUCAACCCUCGUCGUUUUUUUAUAUUUAUGUUUGUGUUUAUUUUAUUUCUCCAUGUGUGUUUCUUCAUAUUUUCAGUUUCAGAAUAGAGUUAUAUAUUUUCUAUUUUCUCAUUGUGCUAUUUUAUUUGUUCAACAUUACUGAGUGAGUUUAACGGCAUAGAGUAGAGAAGAUGUGAUGGCAAAGGAUGAAGACAAAAAAGAAAGCAAAAAGAACGACGAAUUCAGAGAGAGAGUAGAGAAGAAUGAGAGAGGUGUUAGCAGUGCAGAGGUGUUAGCAGUGCAGAGGUGUUAGCAGUGCAGAGGUGUUAGCAGUGCAGAGGUGUUAGCAGUGAUUUAUGUAUUCAUUACAACUUGUAUUCAUUGUCUUAUAUUUUCCAUUUAAAUAUUACUCAAGGAUUUAGCUAUGUUUGUUCCAGAGAAUCUCUUAAAAGCUGAAAUGCAAAAAGGAGAAAAUGCAUCUAGGAUAAUGAAAAAGUAGUUAGCAUGGUAAGAAUUGGUAUUCUGCUAAUACUAUGCUGUUCCUAAAAACUGCUGUACGUACUAUGCUAUCAACACUCUUAUUUAAAGAUGAUUUGAGGUUGUGAAGUCAACUGAUGUUAAGGGGAUCAUUAUUUUUAAUGUAGUUUAGAACUUGGCAUCGGAUAGAUUGGGCCCAGAACCUUGUCAUGUUUCGAUCAACUAUUUAUCUAGUCUAGAGAUGAGUCAUAAGACAGAGUUAGUAAUCAUGUUUAUUCACAAUUUAUUUUGGUUAUCUGAUCAAAACGCAUCCAUAUAUUUACAUAGAACUAAAUCAGUAUGGCAAAAUGUGUCGUUUUCAAGACCAUAUACAAGCCAUAGAAAAUAAGUAUUUUUACAUAUUAAUAUAGCCAACUGUGUUGUCCUGAACUGUAUCUUGUUUCCAUGUAAAUAAAAUAUCCUUCAUCCCCGAUCCCCCCACAACCACACAUUCACUCUCAAAAGCAGGUUUACCAUGUGUCUGACUCCUGGAGUUAGAGGGGGGCAAGUGCAAGUGGCAAACAAGUGUUACAGUAAUAGUAUGUUUGGCUCAUCAUAAGGUGACAGCACAGCACAGUGCAGCUCUGCUAUAUUUUACACAAAGUACAGGGACUUCACAUGUUGCAAUGGUCACUCUUUUCAAGGUCAUGUAGAUAGGCUUACCUGCCAUACUGCCAAUCCUCUCUCUGGAUAGAAUACCUGUAUUGCCAAAUGGAAACAGGACAGGGGUGUCUUGAUAGAUCAAUAGCUUCCACAGUUAUCACAAUUAAAUUGUUUUUCAUCCAUGUUAUUCCAUUAUGCAGUUUUGGAUCCAUACAUAUUUUUUUUUAUCAGUCGGUGUAGAGGCACCUCACUUUCUCUCCCUUCUCCUGUGUUUUUCUCAAUAUCGUUCUCUCUCUCUCUCUUUCCAUCUCUCUCUCUUGUAGCUCUUAUAAAUAUGCUCAAUGAAAUAUGUAUAGUUAGUCGUUAAUGGUGAAUGAUGUCUUGUGAUACUCUAUGCCUUUGGAUAGUUGUGGUUAUCGUUUAUGAUGUAUUUUUAUUACUAUUUAUGAUAAUGACUAUUACAAUUCAGAGAAAAAAAUAUCCAAGAUUCUCCAGAAUUCUAUUGUAUUCUUAUUUUAUGGAAUCCCUGUGAAACAAAAUCAAAUAAACUUGAAAUUAUUCUGUUGAAGGUAAAA